AAGGGAGAGUUAGGCUAUUUGGGGAUUUAGUGUCUCUGUUAUACUUAAAUCCUGUUUCAACUCUCUAAAUCUUUUCCUGUGCCUAGCCUUAAACACCUUAUAGUAUGUGUUGCAUGUUUUGAAGUGAUGUAUAGGAUUGUCAUUUAUUUUACUUUGAUGUGACAGCUAUAUGAUAUUUAUUGAUAUGAAUAGAAUAGAAGCAAGUAGAAGAAUGUUUUGAUCAUCCAUUGGAAAUAAAUGCUUUUUUUGGGAUUGAUGGAGAAUAGUUUCAUGACAUUUUAUCUGACGUGAAAAUUUUCCUUUGCAAAAUCCAUGUCACCCACACUGAAAUCGCAGGACCCAGCUAACCAUGGUGAAAGUAUAGGACCCAACUGAAGGAAAUGCCAAGUACAUUCUGUAUAGAACGUCCUUGAAAAGCAUAAUUGCUUCAACCUCCAUAGCAAUUAAGGCAACCUCUGCAAUCAAUAGAGAAAGAUAAAUACUGCAAGAAGUGCUGUAACUCACCGCUGAACCAACGAAUUGGGAACAGCUCAUAGCAUCAGAAACUUUAGACUAAUGCCACCUAUCAAGUCUUCAAGCACUGUGAACUGAAACUACACAUCUUUAUGGAGUUUGUAUCAACUGGGUCAAAAGGAAUGCUUUUCUGAUAUUUAACGAGGACCAUUACUGCCAUUAUGACGAGCCAGGAGAAGUGGGUUAACCUUAGUCCUGGAGAAUUCUCUCAGCUUCAGAAAUAUGCAGAAUAUUCCACUAAGAAAAUUAAGGAUGUCUUAGAAGAAUUCCAUGGCAGUGGUGUGUUAGCAAAAUAUAAUCCUGAAGGGAAACAAGAUAUACUUAAUCAAACAAUUGAUUUAGAGGGAUUCAAACUGUUCAUGAAGACUUUUCUGGAGGCAGAGCUACCUGAUGAUUUCAUUGAGCAUCUUUUUACAUCAUUUAGCAACAAAAUCUCUCACUGCAGCCCCUUAAUAAAAAACAAACCCCAGCUCCUUUCUGGAGUUAAGGUGUCUGAAGAACGAUGGAAACAGAUGCCAGGUCUGAGACUUAACAAAGGUACCUCUACAUCCCGGCCUCCUACUCCUGCCAACUUAAGUUUACCAGAUGUGAUCCAGCUGAAGGAUAUUGUUUGUUAUUUGUCACUGCUAGAAAGAGGAAGACCUGAAGACAAGCUAGAAUUUAUGUUUCGGUUAUAUGAUACAGAUGGAAAUGGAUACCUGGAUAAUUCGGAGUUGGAAAAUAUCAUUGCUCAAAUGAUGCAUGUUGCAGAAUACCUUGAAUGGGAUAUUACUGAACUGAGUCCAAUUCUUCAUGAAAUGAUGGAAGAAAUUGACUAUGAUCAUGAUGGCACUGUUUCUCUAGAAGAGUGGAUCCAAGGAGGAAUGACAACAAUCCCACUCUUGGUCCUUCUUGGAUUAGAGAAUAAUGUGAAAGAUGAUGGGCAGCAUGUAUGGAGACUGAAACACUUUAACAAGCCUGCCUACUGUAAUCUUUGUUUGAACAUGCUAAUUGGAGUAGGCAAGCAAGGUCUCUGCUGUUCUUUUUGCAAGUAUACAGUCCAUGAACGCUGUGUCUCAAGAGCUCCCGCGUCUUGCAUCAAAACAUAUGUGAAGUCCAAAAAGAAUACUGAUGUAAUGCACCAUUUCUGGGUAGAAGGAAAUUGUCCAACAAAAUGUGAUAAGUGUCAUAAAACCAUAAAGUGUUACCAAGGCUUGACGGGACUUCACUGUGUUUGGUGUCAGAUCACAUUGCAUAAUAAAUGUGCUUCACAUCUAAAACCUGAGUGUGACUGUGGACCUUUGAAGGACCAUAUUUUACCACCCACAUCAAUCUGCCCAGUAGUAUUGACGCUACCUACUUUAGGAGGUUUGCUCCCUGAGGAAAGACAGGCAACAGUGAAAAAAGAGAAGGGUUGUCCCCAGCAAAUGAACAAACUGGGAGAACGAAACAAAAUGCAAAGAGCAAAUUCCGUCACCGUAGAUGGACAAGGCCUUCAGAUCACUCCAGUUCCAGGCACUCAUCCACUUUUAGUUUUUGUCAAUCCUAAAAGUGGUGGGAAACAAGGAGAAAGAAUUUAUAGAAAAUUUCAGUACCUUUUAAAUCCUCGUCAAGUUUAUAGUCUUGCUGGAAAUGGACCAAUGCCAGGGUUAAGUUUUUUCCGAGAUGUUCCUGAGUUCAGAGUACUAGCAUGUGGUGGAGAUGGAACAGUAGGCUGGAUUUUGGAUUGCAUAGAGAAAGCAAACUUGCUUAAGCAUCCUCCAGUUGCUAUUCUGCCUCUUGGGACUGGAAAUGAUUUAGCAAGGUGUCUGAGAUGGGGAGGAGGUUAUGAAGGAGAGAAUUUAAUGAAGAUUUUAAAAGACAUCGAGAACAGCUCAGAGAUUUUGCUGGACAGGUGGAAAUUUGAAGUAUUUCCCAAUGAUAAAGACGAGAAAGGAGACCCAGUGCCUUACAACAUCAUCAAUAACUACUUUUCUAUUGGCGUGGAUGCUUCAAUUGCCCACAGAUUCCAUAUCAUGAGAGAAAAACAUCCAGAGAAGUUCAACAGUAGAAUGAAGAACAAAUUUUGGUAUUUUGAAUUUGGCACUUCGGAAACUUUCUCAGCCACCUGUAAGAAGCUGCAUGAAUCUGUAGAAAUAGAAUGUGAUGGAAUUCAGCUAGACUUAAUCAAUAUUUCUCUGGAAGGAAUUGCUAUUCUGAACAUCCCAAGCAUGCACGGUGGAUCAAAUCUUUGGGGAGAGACAAAGAAAAGACGUAGCCAUCGUCGGACAGAAAAGAAGAGGUCAGAUAAAAGAACCACUGUCACAGAUGCCAAGGAACUGAAAUUUGUAUGCCAAGAUCUUAGUGACCAACUUAUGGAAGUAGUUGGUCUGGAAGGAGCCAUGGAGAUGGGUCAGAUAUAUACAGGUCUGAAAAGUGCUGGAAGACGGCUUGCCCAGUGUUCAUCUGUUGUCAUCAGGACCAGCAAGUCACUGCCUAUGCAGAUAGAUGGGGAACCUUGGAUGCAAACCCCUUGCACAAUAAAAAUUACCCAUAAGAACCAAGCCCCUAUGUUGAUGGGACCUCCUCCAAAAACUGGUCUUUUUUCUUCUAUCAUCAAAAGAACAAGGAACCACAGCAAGGAAUAAGCCUGUGUAGUUUAGUUUUUAGAAAACCAAUUAGCUUUGUUGGGCUUUGGAAUAUUUAUGCUGGAAAUCUUUCAAGAAUUUUAGAAUAUAUACUACUUGCAAAAUCAUGGAUUUUGGUUUAACAGUUUCCGUGACUGAGCUAAUGUAAAACUAUGCUAUUAGGAAAAAAAAAAAUAAUAAAAAGUCACAGUUUUGUAGGUAUUUUGCAUGAAGAAAGCAAAUCUUUACAUGAAGUGAUACAGCAUUUUUUUUCUUGUUGUUGUUGCAUGCAAUAUCAUUUACUAAUCUAUGCGAUAAUUCUGCCAUGAAAUAUAGGAAGGGAAUGCCAUGAAUAAUUUGAUUUUCUCUCUAUUCUAUUUCUAGCUUUUUUUUCUAUUACAAUGAUUAUAUGCAAUAAGUUCAACAGUAUCUCUUGAAUCAAACAUCUUCAUAUCAAUAACAAAUUAGACCUGUUUCAGAGUAAAGUUUAUUACAGGUCUCAUUAACCUGUACUUUUAGUUUAUCAUUUGUUUCUACCCUAAGAAUAUUUUUAUUCAGAUAAGUAUUAAAAUCUUAUAUCUUAUUCUGAUAACUCCUAUGUAUAUGAGUAACUGUAUCUGUUGAAAUCUUCUAACUCAAUGUGUGCAGUAUUCAAAUGAUCGUGAUUAUUCGUGUGUAAGUUUUAGCAAGACUGGAAAUCAGUGGAAAUUUGAGUAAAAACUAUGUGGUUAAGGAGAUCAUGCUAAGACUGAAGAUGUUAAUACUUGCAAAACUAAGCAUCAGUGUUGUUUGUUGAAACAUUAGAAUUAUCUUAAUGAGCAAUACAUCACUGUAACAUGGCAAACUUUAAAUCGCUCUGUGUAUCGACCGAUAGCAUAGUGCAUAUGCACACAAAUAACCAAAGCUCAUGCCUAAUAAAGUGCAUUUCCCACCAAAGAUUUAGUGAAGGAUGCUUCAGAGAAAUGGGUUAAUGCAUAAUUGAUCAAGCUCACUGGAGUAGACUCACUUCUGAAAAUUUACAGUUCUUUUGAUUAUGUUGGCAAUGUCCAGACAAAUGUUGGGGUAGGAAAAAAACAUUAAAUUAAUUGCAAAUAAAUACUCACUUUUCAUUUGUUUCAUAAACUGAUAGACAUAGACACAUACUCUAAAUAUUGACAUUUAUAGAUACUCUAAAUAUUGGAAAAUGAAACAUCUAAUUUUGUUUUCAUUAUUAUUUAUACAUCUAUGCUAUCCGUAAUUUACUUGUCCUCUAAAUUCAUCUCUUAGGAAAGGAUAAACUGUUAUCUAUUCCCCUUUUGUAGUCUGUUGUCUGGAAUCAAAUCAUUUCUUGUCAUAAAUUUUGUGGAGGCAGUUUUUCAGGUCUUUACUUUCUUAGCCCUCUGAGAGACUUCCUAACAGCUUAGAAAUCAUAAAACAGGUAUUUGUCUGAGGAUUGCACAACACUAUCUAAUGUUGAAGGGAAGUCCAAGAAUGGCAACUUAUUUUCAGUCUUGCAUUUAAACAAUCUUAAUCAAAAUUUUUGUGCAGUCUUAACAUUGUUCUUUGUUCAGAGUGAGCUGCUUCUCCUCUCUGCAUGUCGUAAUGAAGUUUCAUCAAAAAACAAAACAAAACAAAAACUUUGCUUGAAAUCCAUGAUUUCCCAUUUUUAUCUAGAUUCUAAAUGCUGAUGAUUUAUUAAAUCUAUUUUUCUAUUGAUUCAUUCUUCCAUCAGAAAAUAGUAUUUCAUAAUUCUGUAGUGCACGGUACUGUGCAUGUACUUAAAUAAAGUUGAUAUCUAUCAUUAGCUCCUCAGUGUAAGAAUUCAACAGAGUCCUAAUUUAUAUAAUAGACACUGAAAUGAAAGUCAGUGUAUAGCUGGUAAGGAUUUUGUCUUUGAAAUAUACAAUCGGUGUUUUGUAAACAUAAGGAGGUAAAUAUUAAUUAAUGUUAUGUUCAGCAUUAGGUAGAAAAAUAUGAGGGCAAUUAUUUGCUAAAAUUAAGAUCUUGUAAUUCCCCAUUCUUGGGUCCAGUGGUGUUGAUAAUUAGUUACCAUGAGUGAACUAAUAUUUUUCCUGUGCAUUGCAAAUACACACACAUACAAAACACAUUUGAUGCACUUCUUGACUGCAAAUAUAAACAUAGAGCUAAAGAUAAGAGCAAAAAGAAGGAACCUGCUGACGUAAUAUUACAUGAAGUGCACACUGG